ACGAACUUGAAGGGAAGUGCAGCAACGUAAAGCAAGCUUUAAAUUCAUUAAAUCAAAAAGAUAAAUAAUCAACAAUUGGAAAUAUCAGGAAGACUACUACAGAAAGUCUUGUCUCAAGCUGGAUAUUGAAACAUGAAAACCUAAGAAAUUUAUUGAUGAGAAGCAAGGGUAAUUAUUUAAAGAGAAAACCCAAAGGCUUUUUCAUUUGAGGAAAGCAGAGAACAUGGUUACCAUUUUGCAACAACCUAAGGAAAUGGAACACAUAGCAUGGUGAAACAGUGUACCAGAGGACAACAAUUUUGAAUCAAGGCACUUCAAAUGUUUUUUGCUCACCUCUGGUCAUUCUGUUUAUCUGUUUAGCUGAAAGAGCCAUGGACUGUUGGCAGAAAGUACAUCAGAGUGGGUGGAUUUUUCCAACUCUGGUCCUUUGUAUUUAUGGCUUCUUUACCAUGAUGAGGCCAUCUGAACCUUUCCUCACACCUUACCUCACUGGACCUGAAAAAAAUCUGACUAUUGAUGAGGUAACGCAGCAUAUUUUUCCAGUUUGGACAUACUCCUACCUGGCCCUGCUCUUCCCUGUAUUUCUGAUUACAGACUAUGCACGUUAUAAACCUAUAAUUAUUGUACAGGGGAUUAGCUUAAUUGUUACUUGGCUAUUACUUUUAUUUGCAUCUGGCAUAUCAGCCAUGCAGCUGGCAGAGUUUAUGUAUGGACUUGCAACAGCCACAGAGGUUGCCUAUUAUGCUUACAUAUAUAGCGUUGUCAGUGCUGAUUAUUACCAGAAAGUGACAGGUUACUGCAGAAGUAUCACUCUGGUGGCAUCCACUAUGGGAUCUCUGCUUGGACAGCUUUUAGUUUCUUUAGGCCAGGUACCUUAUUUUUAUCUCAACGUCAUAACUUUAGCUUCUGUGUCUAUAGCAUUUAUAUCUUCAUUUUUUCUGCCCAUGCCACAAAAAAGCAUGUUCUUCCAUAGAAAGUCUUCCCNAGAACACUUCAUUGGAUCAGUAGAGAAAGUUACAGCACAAAUUUCCAACCAACAAACCAAUCAACAGGACAAAGAGAUGACAAUAUCAGCAGUCAGGCCCCAGAAUUUACCUGAACAUGACUCAUCCAAAAUUAAAACCCAGAGUCAUUUUCUGUCAGUCCUAAUGCAGUUGUGUGUGGAUCUGAAGGAAUGUUAUACCACCAAAAAACUUCUUUACUGGUCAAUAUGGUGGGCUUUAGCUACUGCAGGAUUUAACCAAAUUUUGAAUUAUGUGCAAGUACUAUGGGAUGAUAAAGCACCUUCUCAUAGUUCUGAAGUUUAUAAUGGAGCUGUUGAAGCCAUAGCUACAUUUCUGAGUUCAAUAACCUCACUAGCUGUGGCAUAUGUGAAACUGAACUGGGAUCUAACUGGAGAACUGGCACUGGGAAUCUUCUCAGCCCUGGAUGCUACUUCACUUAUUGUGAUGCAUUUUAUCAACAACAUCUGGGUCUGCUAUGCUAGCUAUUUAGUGUUCAAAGCAUGUUAUAUGCUCCUUAUAACCAUAGCUACAUUCCAGAUUGCUGUCAACCUCAGCAUGGAACGCUAUGCCUUGAUAUUUGGCUUCAACAACUUUGUUGCACUGCUAAUUCAAACUAUACUGACUGUUAUUGUAGUUGAUUCAAAAGGUCUGGGCCUGGAUAUUGGGACUCAGUUCUUAAUAUAUGGAAGCUACUUUGCAGUGAUAGCUGGGAUUUUUCUAAGCAGAAGCAUUUACAUUAUAAUCUCAACAAAAUGUGAAAAGGAAAACCCUGCAGAAAAUCUUCAAACGAAAGCACAAUGGCAGGAUACAGAGAUUCAUAGCACAAGAAUGUAGCACCUUAAACAAAAGUUGCCUUGAAGCCAAAUUGAACAAUCUUUUAUUUGAACAAAUCAGUUCCUCGGUGACUUUAAGUCACAUUUGCACAUAAAAUUAACUUGUAUAUUCUCAUGUGAUUUUAAAUUCCUUGGUUAUGACAUAACUGUAUUAAAAGAUCAGAAUUCUCAAGCUGCCCAACCAAUUACAUUUGAAAUGAGAAGGAAAUGUUGGUUACAUGUAAUUGAUUGGUCAUUUGUAAUAGCCAUUAAAAUAGUUCUUUAUACCACCAUUUAAUUAAUGAAAAUUGAAAGUAUUUUCCCUACAUUUGGAGAUCCAUGCUGCUGCUAAUUGUUUCUGGCUUCAGUUUAAGUUCUUGGUGUAACUUUUAUAGUCCUCCAGUUAUAGGAGAACUAUAACUCCCAGCAUUGACAAUUUUGGCUCAAGCUGUUCAGAUCGGUUAUUCAGUGAGAAUUGGAGAGCUACAGAUUUAACUGUAGCUAAAUGGAUGAAAACUUGACUAUCUGAAAUGUUGCCUCAUUACACACCUGACUGAGGCAAGGGAUUUUAAAGAUACCUCCAGCUGUGGACAUUUUAUGGAGCAUGAAGUAUAACUCAGUGUUGUGUCCUCAACUAUGGGCUAUAUUCCCUCAGGGAUUUUUACUGGUCCUCACUCUUGUGAGGAUACAUAUCCAGUCUAGGUUUUUGAUGAAUCAAUGUUUUCAUUGUUUUAUAGUUAUUGUUUCAAGUAUAUUAAUUUCUCAUUUUAAGUUUUGCAGAGAACUUUGUUCAAUAGGGAUGUGCGGCUGCUUUGAAUGGUUCAUAGCUGAACAGAAAAAUUCAUUUUGGAGUUUUUGGUCUAUAGAAUGAAAGAAGCUAUUUUGAUCUGGAUAAAACUAGAACAUGAUUGCCCUAAAAAUAAAGUGUUCAGAGAAGAAUAAGGGAAAGUCCAAGAUAGGGGGUGGAAAGGGUGCUUGAUAUUUGCAUCUGUGUCAAUAGUGCUGGUGAUGGAAGGCAACUGCAAAAGUUGAAAGGGAAAAUGCCAGCUCCUCACAUGGCUGGGGAGGUCAGCACAAUGCCAGUGCCAUACACAACCCAUUCUCACCUCUUUUUCAGCAGGCAGACACCAAGGAGCACUGAGGAGAGGGAAGGCAAUAAAAAUCAGAAGCGCACAGCUAGGGUAUUUGCUGCACUAGGAAUUGCAGCAAUAUCCUUGUUAGGAAUAGGCAUGCGGACAAUGGUUGAGGAAAGGAAG